AUGACGCGUAAACCAACUAUGUUUCGAGGAAAGUGUGCAUAUUUUGAUGAAACAGUUCCUUCUCAUUUAAUUGCACUAUGGCAAAUACACAAUGGAGGGACAAAAUUCCUUCCUGAAGGAUAUCAUAAAUUUGAUUAUGCUUUCUCUAUGAACGUUGGAAAGAAGAUACGACUUUCCAUAUAUCAAACUCUCUGCACAACUUCUCCUUGGUGGAUUGCAGAGCAAGUUAGUUCUUUGAGAAGAGGAAAACCAAAAGUUGCUCCAUUAAUUCAUUUUAAUGAAGUGGAACCUUUAUACGUCGAUCAUCGAAUUCAAACAGUAUAUUUGCAACCAAUUCAUUCCCCUAAUUAUUAA